AAAAGUGUCACUUUUCAAUUUGUAAGGAGUAGUGUCUCGCGUAAAAUAUGAUGGCCUGCGAUAUAUAAAUACUUUCAUUUUGUUAUGAAAUAAAGCAAAUGUAUUUGUUGCUUUUAAAAAUCCGGGUUUCUUAGUGUAUUUUGCAUGUAUGAUGUAUAAUACGAUCGAAGAGAUUGGGUGUUUAUAAAUGGCGAAAAUAUUAGUUUAUUUGUGUGUUGUGUAGUGAGUGGCAAUGGAUCGUCGGUGUUCACAGUCGGUGCGGACGCUAGUUUUCGACGAUUCCGAUUCCGAUCCACCCAAAGGUGGGAAGAAAAAGGAUUUGUCGGCAUCUGCGGCGCCGUCUUCAUUGAACCAAAGCGCGGAAGAUGCGAGCAAGGCACGUAGCAGUAACCUUGUGCGCAUGCGUCGAUCUGCGCUUGGCAAGUCCGCACCGACUCUGUCCGUUCACGUGAAAGAGCCAUGUGCUGUGUCCCGGCGACCGUCCCGCCUACCGCCACCACCUCCACACCACCGCCUCUCUCUCGUAGUGGGCUCUGGUCGCUGCAGCUCUCCGGGCACAGGGCCGCUUUCCCCAGCGGAAGGGCCGCGCUGGCAUGCUCACCAUGCCCACCCUCUGCAUCACGCUUUGCUAUCAUCAAGCGUAAAGCGCGGCAAAGAGUUAGACGGUCGGCGAUGGUCGGUGGCAUCUCUCCCAUCGUCCGGUUACGGUACCACGCCAGGCAGUUCGAGUCUUUCAUCGCAAUGUUCGUCGCAGGAGCGGCUGCUGGCCGCGCAGGUGACGUGCGAACCCCCGCGCGCCCCUUGUCCACAUUGCCACCACCAUCAGAACUCACUCAACAGUUCACAAGGCAGCGGCAUGAACUGGGCGUCGCUUUCGGACAGCGGUGGAAGUGGACACGCGGCGAGAGCUCCUUCUCCCUCCCCUCGAGCCUUGCCGCGGAGAGUAAGGAGUCGAAGUCUCAGUUCUCCGUCCCGAUCUCCGGGCGGCGGAAGCGGGGGAUCAGAAGGUUCGAAGGACGACGCGGUCUCGGCUAUGUCGUCUCUCUUCGCGUCUCGGUUCCCGGCUGCACAAAGGGCCAUGGAUGAUAAAUUGAGAUCACUCAUCGAAGAGCUGACGGAAUUGGAUAAAAAACCAGAUCGUAAUCCGAUCGAACGAUUCGUCCAGAGACAGGUAUUGGAAAUGGCGCGAGAUUGCCUUCAUAAAUCAGAAUCGAAGCAAGUGACGAGUAGCUAUUUUUACGAUAUGGCGGACAGUUUGGAUCGUUUGUUAUGUGAGACAAGAGAUAAGUCGGCUGAAGCGGGUGCCCAAGUGGCCCCCCUGGUCACCCGACUGACUCUUGCAAUGGCGCGACCAGCUCGGCUCCUCGAGUGUUUGGAGUUCGAUCCCGAGCGCUUCUACAGGUUGUUGGAAGCGGCCGAAGGACACGCGAGACAUUUACAGGGGAUGACGACGGAUAUCCCGCAGUACAUCAUUCACAAGCUGGGCCUGUCGAAGGACCCGCUGGCGGAGCUGCACGUGCCGCCGCCGCCGCCGCCGCCGCAGACCUGCUCGCCCUCCAAAGUACGCGGACGGCAGUCCCCGCCGGGCGCGCCGGGCUCGGGCAGCACUCCCCCCUCGGAGAACGACUACCAGGUCAUCAAACUCAUCUCCAACGGAGCCUACGGCGCCGUCUACCUCGUCAAGCACAAGCAGACGAGGCAGAGAUACGCAAUGAAGAAAAUAAGUAAAAACAACUUGAUAUUGAGGAAUCAAGUCGAACAAGCUUUCGCUGAAAGGGACAUUUUAAGUUUUGCCGACAAUCCUUUUGUGGUGACGAUGUACUGCUCGUUCGAGACGAAGCGCCACCUGUGCCUGAUCCUGGAGUUCGUGGAGGGCGGCGACUGCGCCACGCUGCUGCGCGCCGGCCCGCUGCCGCCCGACAUGGCGCGCCACUACUUCGCCGAGGCCGUGCUCGCCGUGGAGUACCUGCACUCCUACGGCAUCGUGCACCGCGACCUCAAGCCGGACAACCUGCUCAUCACAGCAACGGGUCACAUCAAGCUCACUGACUUUGGACUCAGCAAGAUGGGUCUCAUGUCACUGGCGACGAACCUGUACGAGGAGUACGCGGACCGCGAGGCGCGCCAGUUCUCUGAUAAGCAGGUGUGCGGCACGCCCGAGUACAUCGCGCCGGAGGUCAUCCUGCGGCAGGGCUACGGUAAACCAGUCGAUUGGUGGUCGAUGGGUGUCAUCCUGUACGAGUUCAUCGUGGGCUGCGUUCCGUUCUUCGGCGAUACCCCGGAGGAACUCUUCGCGCAUACUGUCAAUGAUGACAUAGAGUGGCCCUCGGAAGACGACUUCCCCAUAGCGGUGGAGGCGCGCGCCAUCAUCACGGAGCUGCUGGCGCGCAACCCGCGCGACCGGCUCGGCACGGCGGGCACGCACCAAGUCAAGGAACAUAUAUACUUUUACGGUCUGGACUGGAACAAUCUACUGCGACGCAAGGCUGAGUUUAUACCGCAGCUCGAGAACGACGAGGACACCAGCUACUUUGACAGUCGCUGCGAUCGCUACAACCACAGCGAGGCGGAGACGGACGAGGCGGGCGAGGCGCCCGAGGCCGACGAGGCGGGCGUGUUCGCCGCCUUCUCCUCCACCUCCCCGCAGUGGCGGCGACACUACAACCACUCGCACUCCGCGCUCGAACACGACUCCAGGAGCACGGACAGCUGGCCCGGCACGCCGGACAGCGCGGGGCCGCCCACCACGCCCACCGCGCCCGCGCUGCACCACCACCCCAAGUGCCCUAUGGUGGGCACAGGCGGCGGGUCCACGGCGGAGUCCUCGCAGACGGACUCGGACGACGUGUCGCCGGCGGCCCGGCGCCGCGCCGCGCUGCGCCCGCUGCCGCCGCACGCGCCGCCGCUCGCGCACGCGCACCCGCACGUGCACGCGCACGCGCCGCCGCUCGCGCACCCGCUCGCGCACCCGCACCCGCUGCACGCGAGCCACGCCGCGCUCCUACCCCGACUACCGGAUGUCGCGAAAAAGGAUGAUAAAGGCAUAGACAAGCUGGACAAGGGUAAACAUUCAGCUCUCGCCGCGCCCAAGUCUAUGAGACGAUCGGCGAGCACCUCCGGCCUCUCGCUCGUUAUCCAUCCAGCGGACGACAGCGUGUCGACGCUGGCGGUGGGCGGGGCGGCGUCCCCGUGCGCCGGCAACACGUCGUCCACCAACUCGUCGCGAGACUCCUCCCCCUGCCGCGACCCGCCCUCGCCCUUCGCGAUCGCUAACCACUCGCUGAUCCAGUCGUCGAAGCCUCCCAUCGUGGUGCGUCGCGGGCCGCGGGGCUUCGGCUUCACCAUCCACACCGUGCGCGUGUACUACGGGGAUACCGACUACUACACCAUGCAUCAUCUCGUCUCGGCGGUGAGUGAGCAAGGGGCGGCCUGGGCGGCGGGACUCCGCGCGGGAGAUCUCAUCACGCAGCUCAACGGGGAAUCCGUGCAGGGACUGUUGCACACACAGGUUCUACGGUUGCUGCUGGCAGCGCCGCACGCCACUCUUCGCGCUACGCCGUUAGAUCAAACCACUAUUCAGGCGGGAGGGCGCCGCCGCGCGGGCGGUCGGCGCGCGUCGGCGCCGCCGCGGCCGCGCCCGCGCCGCCGCUGCUCGCUGUUCCGGCGCAUCUCCACCAAGCGAGCCUCGCAGGAGAUGCACCAAAUAGUCUCGGGUGCGUCUAGCGAGCUGCCAUCCCCCGCCGCGUCCCCUGCCGCAGACUCCCCCCUACACACCACGCACCCCACUACCCACUACCAGCGUCCGUCCUCUCUGCACGGGCUGAAGCACAAGCUGGGGGGAGAAGUCCGGCGCGCGUCGCUGCAGCACAUGCCGCUGUCGCCGCUCGCGCGCACGCCCUCCCCCUCCCCGCAGCCCGCGCCCGCCUCGCCCACCAGCCGCGGCUGCGAGGCGCGCAGCCCGUCCCCGCUGGCGGCGCGCGAGUGCCGGCGCGCGUGGCCGCGCCGCGACCCCGCGUCGCCGCUGCUGCGCCGCGCGCUGUCGCCCGACAGACUGCACCCGCGCUCGGCGGAGGCCAAGUGCUCGAUCUCGCCGCUGUGCUGCGCGGCGGGCGGCGCGGGGGGCGCGGCGCGGCGCGGCGGCGCGUGGCGCGCGCCCGCCCCCGCGCCGCCCACGCCGCCGCCGCCCGACAAGCCCGACGAGCCCGCGCUGCCCCGCAUCGCCGAGGAGAAGGACUCGCCCACGCACCACGCGGCCAGGAUACCCGUCAGGACACCGGCCAAACAGACUACACCGAGUAUUUUCACAUCGUCCCCCAAGGCGAGCUUGGACAAGUCGGCCUUCGAACCGAACACAUCUUUCGCGUCGCUGUCACUGUCUGAUGAAUCCUACAUCGACAGCAGCAUGGACGUGUCCAACAUAGACACAUCACGUGAUAUUAAUAUUGAUGACAGUCGUUCAAGUACUGAAGCGACCAUUCCGACAUUAGAUCUCAGUAAAAAGCUCACAUCGACACAAGAAUCAACACCCAGCGUCACAGAAGUGCAAACGAAAUCCAGAAAAAAAUCAGACUCCAGCCUCAAAGAUGAGGACUUCAAAACAAAGGAGAAAAAUAAAAAACACGAAAAGGAGCUGAAAAAGCAAGAUUCGAUUAAGAAAAUAGAGAAGAUUGAAUUAAAAAUAGAAGAGCGACACCCAGAAGUUCCUAAAGUGGAAGAGAAAACGAAGCACGAAAAGACGAUGGAGCGCAGCGGCUCAGUUAGGAAGUCUGAGAAGCAAGAGAAGGAGGCAAAGGAGAAGAAGCAGGAAAAACAAGAGAAGGCAGAGAAGAAGCAAGAAUUAAAGGAAGCGAAGAGGUCGGAGUCAUUGAAGAAAAGCGAAGGAUUGAAAAAGCAGGAGUCUUUAGAAGCUAAUAAGUCCCCAGAGGCGGAGAGCGAGGGUCGUGGUCGCAGCAGCAUGGUGAGCAAGCUCUUGGGAGUGAUGGGUCGCAAGCGGGACGAUGACGACCAUCGUUCCAAGAGAGAUAAACACGCUAAGAAAAAGAAUACCCCCACCGGCCCACCAUCCCAAGCACAGACACAGAAACAGAGCGAACUACCGCCGAUUGAGAAAAACAUCGAUAAACAGGAAGUAGUCGAAGAUAAAAAAACGAAAAAAGGACGAGGGAGAGUCUCGAGUUCCUCGUCCGGUGAAAAGUAAGACGAGCAACUCACCCACUAAUAUAGAACUUAGUGAUGCUUAGUGCUUCGUGAGUAUCGUGAUCGGUGAAUGCGGACACGUGGGCGUGUGCGUUCAGAGAGGGACAGGUAUAUACUCUUUCAGUGAGAGGAAAUUAAUAAGAUAUAUUUUCGUCACUUUGUCGUUUAUCUGUAUUCCAUUUUUGAGGUAGUGUAAAUGUACCCAUAGUGUAGUUUUGAAAAACGUUUAUAUUUUUUAAAUGUACCUUAAAUCUGUGUAAUAGAGUACAAUGGAAGGCACAAACGGCUAACUAGAACUGAGCAAGCUUCUAAUUAUGAAUAAGUAAAUAUUUUUCCAUUACUUCGUACAUAAACAUUUGGGAAGUUCAGUCCGCUGGAAGGACACGUUUUGAUUGAAUCUGUAGACACUUCGAUUAUAAGUGUAGCUUGAAUGUUUUUCAUUAAACCCAAGUAACCAAACGUGACAACGGGUGGUCGAAUCCUCGAUUUGAUUGUUUAAUCUUCGACUUGUGUCUGUGUUAAUGCAGACACGCACUCCUGUUUUAUCACGCGAUUCACGUGACCAUAUACUGGCUUUUAAAAUUAAGGAUCAAACACACUAGCGCGAUUAACUGAUACCUAUUUCAAUAUGGUUAAGCUGCCAAUCAUAUGUUGAUAACAUUGAUGGCGCAGGUGUGUCCGAUGCCUUAAUUAUAAAUUUUUAAUUUAUUUCGCUUAGUCACAUAUCGCUAUUAUCUAAAGUUAUCAAAUUAUUAAUUACAAUCAAAUUUGUACAAAUAUAAAUGAGUUGCAUAAUAUGACUCAUAGAAUAAAAUAACUGUUUUCGAAAUAAUAUCGUAAUAGGUAAUGUUCGUAUGUUUGUUACCCAAACACGCUCGAAAGUCUGUAUUGUGAUGAAACUUUGGUUAGAUAUUGGUUAUUAGUGGUGAGAAGAGGUUCGGCAAAGAAACUAGAUUAUUAUCAUUGAACUUUUGUCCUUCAAUAUAACUAAUAAAAUAUGUAAUUGGUAAAUAUUUUUGACGGACGAUGCGAGUACAGGUAUGUCUGCAAUGAGUUCACGUAAUUUCACAAGAUUUCAUAUGAUUUAAUUUAUUUGUUUGUGUGGGUCAAAAUGCGCAGUUCAGUCAAACCGAUUGUACUCAAAUUGCACACACUGGUUUCAUGCAACACAAACAAAUAUAAUUUUUUUUUAUAUACACACAGAUUAAAUAUAAAAUUUAUUUGGACUUAAAUUAUUUGAUUCAUAGUGACAUCAUUUAUAUACUGUACGAAUUUGAUAAAUGUUAUUUCGAAAAUAUUAUUCUAAUGAGGAAUGUUUUGUAAUAUGAAUCAAUAGAAUUUGUAUAAAUUUAAACUUUAAUUAAAAUAUAAAAAAAUGUAAUCAAUUUUAUAUUAGGAAGUCAUGCAAGCCCAUCUGAGUAGGUACCACAUCUGUUAUUUCUCUCAACAAACAACAAUUACAUUACUUUUUUUUUCUUUUUUACUAGUAAGCUAGUGUCGUUUUAUGUGUCGUUUUAUCGAUAGUGUGACAAGCUUUAAUGUUUCUUACAGCGCCAAUAUCUGGUGGUAACUUACCUUCAAUUUGAAAUUGCUCGACUUCGAUUAAAUAUAUACAACAACAAUAAAAUAUUAAUAAAUUUAUACAAAUACUAUUGAAAAUGUCUGAAAAGAGAAAAAAUCAAAAUUAAAGUAUACAUUCUAGGCUUUUACAAGCACUUUUGUAUCGUAAUUUAACAAACUAUAUUAAGUGAAACUACCACCGGUUCGGAAUGAUCAGAUUCUACCGACAAGAACCGGCAAUUAAACUCAAUACUUACUCUUUUUCAACAUUUCACAAAAAUACCAAGUCAUGUUAGUUAAAUACAAUUAUAUAUGUAUGUAAUAUAUCCUGCCUUCAAGACAACUAGUAUUAGCUCCACGAUUUUUUGUCAUCUA